CCUUCUCAGUUCAAACAAAACUUAGGAUUUCAAUUCUCUUAUUUGUUUUAAUCUAAAAACCCAAAACUUAUAACAAAACCCUAAAAAGACUAUAAACAAAGCGUUAAAGAGUAGUUCAUACAGAAGACGAAUCAGAGAAAUCGACCAAAAUCUCCAUCAUCAAUGGCGGAUCCAGGUCCUGCCAGUUUCUCAACGAGAGCCAAUGCCUUACUUAGGAAAAAUUUAACCUAUCAGAAACGGAAUCUAUGGAGCAAUGUUCGGCUUAUCAUGAUCCCUUUCUACCUCUGCAUAUUUCUAGUCUUGAUACAGCUUCUGUUCGAUACUAAAGUUAACAACUCUGCUGAUAACAGAUGUGGUUGUGAUUUGGUUGACACCAAUGGAGAUGGUAUACGCGAAAAGGUUUGCGGUAUUCAGUACUCUUCUGCGGAUCAAGGCUUCUUUUGUUCCAUUCCAAGUCCUCCGCUGUGGCCUCCCUUGUUACAAAUACCGCGCCCUGAGAGCCGUGAUGUGAGAGAUCUUAAUGAUGAUUCUUGUAGACGAACUGGGACUUGUCCUGUUACUAUCCUGUUUACUGGAAAUAACCGUUCUCUUGGAGGAACUGUAUCUGGGAAUCUGCUCACUACUUCUAUACCCGCAAACUCCUCUGACCUCUUGCGUGCUUUAGCUAAUAAUGUCCUGGGUACAACAGCUGAGCCAGAUUUCACAAAUUAUCUUGAUACAGGGAUUGCUUCAAAUCUUUCCAUUUACAGUAUCCAACCUCGGUGCAUUCUCAAUGCUUCUUUGCCGUUCUCAUUUGGACAACCACCUCUCAAUUUUACCAAAGAGUUGAGAUGUGUACAAGGAUUAAAUCUCUGGAGAAAUAUCUCCAGAGAGGUCAAUGAUGAUAUUUUCAAGGGCUAUCGGAAAGGAAACCCUGAGGGAAAGAUAAACGAGAUCGCUGCAGCAUAUGAUCUCUUGAACACGGAUAGGAACAACUUCAAUGUGCACAUAUGGUAUAAUUCAACGUACAAGGAGGAUGGAGGAAGUAGACUAAUAAAGCUGGUCCGAGUUCCCCGCUCAGUCAAUUUGGUUUCAAAUGCGUACCUCCAAUUUCUACUAGGCCCUGGGACAAAGAUGUUGUUUGAAUAUGCCAAAGAAAUGCCUAAACCCGAAACAAGUCUUCGUCUAGACAUAGCGUCUCUAAUUGGUCCCCUUUUCUUCACAUGGGUUAUUCUUCUUCUGUUCCCUGUGAUCUUGUCGUCAUUAGUGUAUGAGAAGCAACAACAUCUAAGGAUUAUAAUGAAAAUGCAUGGGUUAGGAGAUGGUCCAUAUUGGAUGAUUUCAUAUGCUUACUUUCUUACCAUAUCCGUGUUAUACGUUAUAUGUCUGAUGAUAUUCGGGUCAGCAAUAGGACUGAAGUUCUUCCGGCUUAAUGACUACAGCAUCCAGUUCGCAUUCUAUUUUAUCUAUGUAAAUCUGCAAAUCGCCCUUGCCUUUCUAGUUUCCUCACUAUUUACAAAGGUCAAGACAGCAACAGUUGCUGCUUACAUAUACGUGUUUGGAUCUGGACUUUUGGGAAUAUUUCUUCUCAGCUUUCUGAUUGAAGAUUCAUCAUUUCCUAGAGGCUGGAUUAUUGUCAUGGAGUUAUUUCCCGGCUUCUCCAUAUACCGUGGGCUGUAUGAGUUUGCACAAUUUGCUUUCCGGGGAAAUUUGAGAGGGCAAGAUGGGAUGAAGUGGAAAGAUUUCAGUGAUAGUGCUAUGGAUGAAGUUUUCUACAUCAUUAUCGUUGAGUGGUUUCUCGCGCUCAUUGCAGCAUACUAUAUCGAUAAGAUUUCUUCAUCCGGAAAAGACCCGUUGUUCUUCUUGCAAAACCCUUUCAAGAAAUCUCCUUUGAGAAGGCCUAGUUUGCAGAGGCAAGGCUCCAAAGUCUCCGUUGAGAUGGAGAAACCGGAUGUUACUCAAGAGAGAGAAAAAGUGGAGAAGUUGAUGCUUCAGUCGAGCUUAAGCCAUGCGAUUGUAUGUGACGACCUGAAGAAGGUGUAUCCUGGUAGGGAUGGGAACCCGCCUAAAUUGGCAGUCCGGGGGUUAUCUCUCGCUGUGCCUUCAGGUGAAUGCUUUGGCAUGUUAGGACCCAAUGGUGCAGGCAAGACCUCCUUCAUCAAUAUGAUGACUGGGCUCCUGAAACCAACAUCUGGGACAGCUCUUGUUCAGGGUUUGGAUAUAUGCAAUGAUAUGGAAAGAGUGUACACUAGCAUGGGUGUAUGUCCGCAGCACGACUUGCUCUGGGAAACACUGACAGGAAGGGAACAUCUGCUGUUUUAUGGAAGACUUAAGAAUCUCAAAGGCUCUGAUCUCGACCAAGCUGUGGAAGAAUCUCUAAAGGGUGUCAACCUUUUCCAUGGAGGAGUUGCCGACAAACCUGCUGGGAAAUACAGCGGAGGUAUGAAGAGGCGGCUGAGCGUAGCCAUUUCACUUAUCGGGAAUCCUAAGGUGGUUUAUAUGGAUGAGCCAAGCACAGGACUUGAUCCAGCCUCGAGAAAGAACCUAUGGACUGUCAUCAAGCGUGCGAAACAAAACACCGCAAUAAUCCUCACAACACACUCAAUGGAAGAAGCAGAAUUUCUAUGUGACCGAUUGGGUAUUUUCGUGGACGGGGGCUUGCAAUGCAUUGGCAACCCUAAAGAACUGAAGGGAAGGUACGGUGGAUCUUAUGUGUUAACGAUGACGACAUCUUCAGAACACGAGCAAAAAGUGGAGAAGCUGAUUCAAGACGUCUCCCCAAACGCCAAGAAGAUAUAUCACAUCGCAGGAACUCAGAAGUUUGAGCUCCCAAAGGAGGAGGUUCGGAUCUCAGAGGUGUUCCAGGCUGUAGAGAAGGCGAAGAGCAACUUCACGGUUUUCGCUUGGGGACUCGCAGACACAACUCUUGAAGAUGUCUUUAUCAAAGUUGCUAGAACCGGUCAGGCUUUUAAUGUCUUUUCUUGACCCUCUUAGAUUUAUGUGUCAAUUAUGUCAAAUUGCUACUACAGAUUACAUGUAUAUUACUGAAAAAUAUUAUACAAAGUUCAUAAAUUUUUCAAUGAGAUUAUACAUUUAUACUUGUAACCA